AUGGCCCAAGUCGUGGUGCCUGACCGGACAAGCUCCUGCGCCAGCACAUCGCGCCGCCCGGCUCCUGUUGCUCCCGGAACCUUGACUUCAUCCCAACUUCACGCCCUACUUGACAUUCUCACCCACUAUGAAGUCUAUGCAGAGGUGGAGUUGUUCAAGGACCCCGCGACCAUUUCAUCUUAUGGCUACCCCUUCAAGUGCGACGCCGCCAAUGGCGCCCCCGAGUUUGCCGCCGACUCGUCCGCCCCCUUGCUAGCGACUCUUCUGCAGAACGUUCUCCUGCCCGCACCCGGCAUCCGGGAUCUUCCGCUCGAGUUCUGGCAUGUGCGGCUGCAGGGACUCAUGGUGACGCUCGCUGAGGCUGACCUCUCAGAGAGUUACGACAAGGGAGCUCUGGGUUCUAGAAAGACUCUAGCUACCGCUGCCUCAGUCAUCCAUGAGUCCCUAUCCAGGGGCAUGCUCGGCGGUGUUCCAAGCGGGCCCAAGAGGAACCUGAGUGGCAGCUAUGACAGGUCCAGGGCCGAGGAUCUCGAACGGGCGUGGGAGGACGGGGUUCAUGAACUCGUGCAUGGAGACCUAAUUGAUGAGCUCUUCAACUGUGCCACGGAACAGUCGAGCCUCGAAGAACACUCGCCCGCUAUAAGGGCGACUGUUGACUAUGUCAUCAUACACCUUGCUACAUUUCUGCACUAUGUCUUCGUACUCUCUCCUGAAGGCCCAUACUUGGUCAAGUUGGUGGAAAACGUUCAUAGGUUGAUACCCUACACCAUGAUCCGGCAGACACUCCGCGUCGGAAACGCGGCGAGCAUGCUCAAUGGCAUGGUGAAGUUGCUCCUGGCAAAAAUGGGUGUCGGUGCCAUCUCAAACUGGCUUGGGCUCACGCAGAAUGCCGAUGAUGGCAUGAACUUAUUGCAGAGAAUCAUUUCGUUGGUAUUGUUAUGGGACACGUCCGAGUUUCGCAAAACGACCGAUAAGAUCGAGAAGGCGAAAGGAGGGCCGCCCAAAGAACAUCUCGCCGCAAUCAAACAAUACAUCGACAAGUCGCGGAUAGAACAUGACCGGACUCGCGAGUCCAGCUCCAACUCCUCAUCAUCUGUGAUUGCCAAGAUUCUAGAGGAGUCGGACCCAAAGCUGCUGGCUUCUCUGUCAAAGACGCAGCACGCUCAGUGUCUGGAAUACUUUUCUGCCUCGCUCGAAAUCCGGGACCGCGAGGAGAUUACAAAGGCUCUCUGUCGUCGCAAUCCCGACCUCUUCACGCAGGCCAUCAAGGAUGCCGUGGGCAGCUUUGAGCCCAUGAUUAGGGCCCUGCAUGAACGGAUUGAUCUCCGGGAGCAAAUCACGGCAGCUGAAGAAUUCCUGACCGGGUUCAUCAGCGCCUCAAAACCCAAAAAGAGCGCUAGUGGCAUCUCGGAGAGCGUAGUUGAGGGGGCGAAAACAGCAGGUGCAGAAACACGUGCUCCUGCUGUUGAAGACUAUGUCAACUUUUUGUGGAAGAACAAGCAUACUCUUUACAGUUGGCUUCACCAGAUUGCGAGCAAGUGUCCCGAAGUUCGAGACCAGUUUCACGCCUGGGCCAACAAGACAAUCAAAAUCUUUCGACAGAGCAAGCGGGCAACCCCUGUGCCCGCUAACUCGUCUUCGCCAUCGGAACCGGCAACCGACCAAGCAACGGUCGUAGACGAUAGCAAUGCGCCAUUCAACAGGAAUCAGCACAGUGGAGCGGCUGGUGCAUUGAGUAGCAAUCUGCAGAGCCUCUUUGCCGUGCUUCCCUCGGAAACGAGGGCCAAUGUCCUUGCCGCAGUUGAUGCUCACGCGGCCUAUCUCUCGUGCCUCGAGGACGUGUCACGAAAGCGGAUGCAGCAGAUUCUUGACAACAUCGACAUUACAGGCGACCCAGCAAAAGGCAGCCCUGCUCGAGGGAGCCCGGGUCCUCGCGGCUUCAGCAUGUGUGGGCCUGGCAUAUUUCUGUCCCGCUGGCAAAACCUGCUCGACGAGACAGUUAUCAGUCCGGGAGUUCCCAAAGGACCUCUUCGCUGCGGUAAGGACGUGAAGGGUUCCAUUAUUCAAGCCAGGACGGUGGGCGCUCCCGCAAAGGGCAGUUGGGAUCCCGCAGCGCUCGCAGAGCUGGGCGAGAAGGAGAUUCCGAGCCAACCCAACGUCGAUAUCGCAGUCAGCGUGCUGGGGUCCCCUUUUCGAGACUUGUUGGCGGAUCUUCUGAAAAACCAAACAGAGACAGAUGGAGUGGUCGGUCAAUAG